AUGGCCAUAUCCCAAGGUCCCGUCGGCGUAGCUAUGGCCAGCCAUAGUACUCCGGUCCAUCCUGAAAAGACUUCCAGUAUCGUCUCUGAGAAUAACAUUCAGACCACACCCACGGAGCUACCGGACAAGGAGCGAUACAUUGUAGUAUCACCCUAUACCGAGCAACAACACCUUCUCGACCUCACAACCCUUGACCCUGAGAACCAGAUUUUGGCACUUGCCCUAACUCAGUUGACGUGCCUCCGCGAGGACUACGCAACUGCGCCAUACCGCGACACCUUCAACUGGGACCAGAUCAUUGAACACGUUCGCGCACUCGCACGAAAACGUAACUACACAUGGAAGGAGACUUCCUUCUUUGUUGUUGCUUUCCGAUCACAAGUAUUCGAGUCGACGGUCGAGAACUAUGCGGACCUGGGUGAGCUGGACAAGGCUGCCCAUGCUGAAGCCACCGCAAGUGGAGGGUUCUUGAAGUACUGGUUCGGCACGCCAAAUGAUGAGCGUCGCAACCUUGCAACCUGCAUCUGGAGAUCCCCAGAAGAUGCGAAGAAGGGGGGCACUGGCCCUGCGCACCGAAAAGCGGCCGGGGCAACCAGGUCGCUGUAUUCCUUCUGGCAUAUAGAUCGCCAUCGGUUGACCAUCCGAGACAAUGUUGAGAGCUGGGAUCUCACCGAGUGGAAUUGACGUUGAGGAGCUACUUGUCUCCGGUGCUGGACACUGGGCACGACGAUUUGGACUUGUAACGGCUUGGGCAUCGAGGUUGGCGUUUUGAUGAAAAUUGACGGUGACAAGGCGAUAUGGUCACCAUGCAUCGAAGGGAGUUAUGAUGAUUGUAAUGACCAUAGGAAUAUCCUUAGAGGCAUCGAUACUCAGUAGAAUAGACUCGUGCUUUGUCUUUCAAGUUGCGAGCUGAAGUGAACUUGAAGUCGUGAUGGGAAUACUCGCAGGGUGUGAAAGUUAAGAGGAAAGAGGGGUAUGAAGACGUGUCCAGUGAAGACGUCGGAGUCGCAUAUUUAAAGAUGGCGUGAACCUUGAAGACGAGGAGCGAAACUAGGUUCGGCGUGGGGGGGGGGGG